AUGCCCACAGCAACACAACCCCCCGGCGUCACUUCGCCAUCUCAGACCGAACAAGAGCAGCGCAACAUCGAUCUGUGUAAAGAGUACAUGCGCAUAGCCUACUCUCCCACCGAUAACAAGGGCGCAUCUUCAGUCCAGCACCUCUGCCACCCAGACAGCUGGUUCUGGGCCCCCGCCACCUUUCCCGGCUGCGAAACGCCCAUGGACUAUGCAGAAUCUCACUCAAUCGUCAUGGCCAGCGUAGCGGAUCUCAGCAUCAUUCGUUUUGAUCAAGCCUGGGCUAAGGAUGGCCACGUUCUGCUGAGGUAUACCGCGCAAGGGAGUCAUUGCGGAGAGCCUUACAAGGGCAUUGAAAAGACGGGCAAACAUGCACAGUGGUGCGCUACGGCGAUAUUUGAAGUUGAGGAUGGUAAGAUCAGAAGUUUUACAAAGGACUGGGAUCAGAAGACUAUGCAGAUCCACCUUGGAUGGGCACCUGUGCAGGAGAGUGAGGAUCCGAGAUGGAAUGUCAAGGCAUUGGGAAACCCAGAGGAAGCACGAAAGCAAAAGGAUUGA